UUUAAUGCCAUAAUUUUCUGUAAAUUCAGCUCCAGCUUACAAAUCCUGCACUGGCCUCUGCAUAGCACUUCACUGCAGUAUGUGAGAGGCCGCUACCCCAAGCUAACAUCUCCUCACACAGAACAAAACAGUGAACAUAGAGAGGUUGUUGUCAUGGAUUCAGAUUCCCCGCUGCUACACCUGAGGACUGAUGGUGAAAGAGGAAGCAGUAACACACAUUCUGAUGAACCUGAGCACCAACAGGAGCCACCAUUAGGAGCUUCUCCAGGAAUCAGCGCCUCCUGUCUGACCACAGCUGAGCUUCAGCAGCACUGGAGGGCAGUGAAACAGGAGAUCAGAUGCAUUAAACUGCUGUUUGAGAUCCCAUCUGCCCGUACCAUAGAGCAAGCCUCAUCCAAAUACGUGGUCUACCAGAUUGUGGUGAUCAGGUCAGGCAGUUAUGACCGUGAGCGUGUGGCCAUUGAGCGCCGCUACUCAGAUUUCUUCCACCUCCACCAGCAGCUGCUGCAGGACUUCAGCGAGGAGCUGGAGGAGGUCAUGCUGCCCAAAAAGAAGUUGGUGGGAAAUUUCUCAGAGGAGAACAUUUCUGAGCGGCGUGUGGCCCUCUGUGACUACCUCACCCAGCUCUAUGCCCGCCGCUAUAUACGGCGCACACGUGCUUUUAUAGCGUUCUUCACACACCCUGAGCUGAAGACCGCCUACGAUCUGCUCCGUGGAGGUCGUUUCUCUCAAGCCCUGGAGGUCCUGGAGAAAGCAUUGGUGCUUCAGAGAAAACUGUCUACUCAUGACCAGGCUCUGCUCGUGCCCACUCUGUGCGCACUGGUGGUGUGCCAGAGAGACCUGGGGGAUAUUCAUGAUGCUUUUCAGACUGGCCAUAUGGCCCUGCCAGCAGUGAGGCGCUAUGGGUUCACCCGCUAUCGUGCCCCUUUGCUGGAGGCCAUGGUGGAUCUGGGUUAUAAGUUAGAGCACCCUGUGGCUCAGUUACAAGAAGAACUGAUCAAAGUGCAGAACUCACCACAUGGACCAGUGUCACUGGUGUCGCUGAAGGAGCUUGUGGUACAAGAGUUUACAUGAUCUACCAAGUUUAUAAUAAGCAUGUUUAACUAAGUCUUCAACAUACAGGUCUUGCUGCCGUUUAUGAAUAAAUUACCAGUGUCUCUGAAUUUCAGUAACUUAUUAUCUUACCUGUAUUUUGUAUAUAUACUGAUGUAUGAAUUAAUGUAUUUGAUGAUGUACAUGGCCUGUAGAAAUACCCAUACCACACAACAACAUUUUGUUGUUACUAUUGGAAUUAUUUAUAACUUACAUGCUUUGCUUCCCAUUCGCAUUCUCUUGAACUGAAUUCACAGUAAACAGUAAACAUUCACAGUUGUGAUGUUUACACUAAAUCAUUUCAUCAUAAGGGUAAAGGCAAAACAUUGGCAUAUUUAACCUGGUCAUAGACUGAAAGAAUCACACUCAGAAACACUCAGAAUCACACAUUAUAACACUUGCUGUAGAAUUAUAACUAUAGCAGCUUACAAAAUAAUCUAUCUACACCAUGUGGACAAAAGUAUUAAGACAUCUUACUCACUGAA